UGCAACAAUGGCGGAUUUGAAUCGACAGCUACAGGAGUACCUUGCCCAGUCCAAAUCAGGGGCGAAGAGCUCAGCUACUCUCAAUUCUAGUACCGUAGACAUCGGAAAGAUCGAACCUACCAGCACAAAGGAGGACUCUUGGUUUGGUCGCUGGUCCAGUCCAUUUUCUAAGACGGAGCAUGGUGGCCACGGCCAAAGCAGCGGCUUUUCUUGGACUUGGACCUCAGAGCCGGACCCAUGUCUCCCAGGCAUGAGCCGAUCCCAUAGACUCGUUGCUUUUGCACUUUGCGUUCUCAUGUCAGCACUGUGUUUCGGCCUGUCUGCUCUCUAUGUUCCGGUGCUGCUACUGAAGGCUCGCAAAUUUGCCCUCCUGUGGUCUUUGGGAUCUCUGUUUGCCUUGGCUGGCGUCGCGAUCCUGAGAGGUCCCAGCACUUUCUUCAGCGCUCCUUCGCCAGGCGCGGCGGUCUACCUCUGUGCUCUCGGUGGCACCCUAUACGCGGCACUGGGCCUGCACAGCACGCUGCUCACCGCUUUAGGGGCUGCCGUGCAGGUCGCAGCCAUCGUCGCCUACCUCGUCUCUCUGCUACCAGGCGGAAGUGCCGGGAUUCGUUUCGCCGGGGGAAUGAUGGCAACAGUGCUGCGUCGCACUGUGUCCGGGAAGAUUCUGCCCGUUUAAAGUGCGCUAUGAAUUGGAUACGACCCGACUGAAGAUGGACCUCAUGGACUGAACUUCUCGCGGACCAACUUUGUAAACAGGACAACUUGUAAAUAUACACGUAUGCAAAUGAAAA